AUGUCGACUUCGAGUGAGCGUCGUGAAAUUGUUAUCGUCGUGACUCUGAUCGAGGCGACAGAAAUUGCCGGAGGCGCAUCAGGCAAAGCUGGGGGGCUGCUGGCGCUAUGGGCAUAUCCAAGCAGUAUAGUUCCUCUGAGCUACAAGCUGCACGCGGAUCUGACCAAGGAACACAACGGCAAGGUAAGAUGGGGUUAUAGAGAGGUUGGCUGUGGACAGAUUGUUGUGAAAGGCCGUCCUCUUAAUGAAAAGAAGGAUGCCGGCGAGAAGGACACGGGAAGCUCAUUAUCCCUUCAAAAGCGGAGUGAAGCUGCUAUUGCGAAACUACGGAAAGCCAAAUUUCCGCAUGAUCUGGAUUGGAUAGAUCCCCAACUGAUCAGAGGCUAUGAGAGCAUGAGCGACCCUGGCGAGACCGCCCAAGUCCACCCCUACCUCUUCACCACAUCAAUCGCAAAGCUUGCCGAGGAGAAAGGCGCAGAGAUCAAGUUGGGAUCAGUGACAAACAUUGGCUACGCAGGGGAUGCUGUGGAGUCAGUUACAUACAAUGAUAAGGAAUCUGGAGAGUCGCGCACAAUUUCGGCGACGGACGUCAUUAUUGCCGCUGGUCCCUGGACACGAACGGUCAUGCCGGAAGCUCCCAUAUCGGCAAUGCGCGCUCACAGUGUUGUCAUCCGACCAACCAAGCCGGUGAGCGCUCAUACUCUAUUUACGAACAUUGAAAUACCCGCCAACUUCGAUCCAUCGAAGCCCUCACGCCCCACAGUCGUGUCCCCUGAGAUCUACGCCCGCCCCGAUGAGACGGUAUACGCUUGUGGCGAGGGUGACCAAGUUGUCCCGCUUCCAAAGACCGCAGCAGAUGUUGAAGUGGACCAGAGACGGUGCCAGGACAUCAUCGACCAAGUGGGAAGCAUAUCCGAUGAGCUUCGGGACGGACAGGUUUGCGCACGGCAAGCUUGCUACUUGCCCAACGUCACCGUACGGGGAGGACCCUUGAUCGGCCACACUGGCACUAAAGGGCUCUACCUCGCCGCUGGACACACCUGCUGGGGUAUCCAAAACGCUCCCGGGACCGGAAAGCUUAUCAGCGAAUUUGUCUUCGAUGGCGAGGCAAAGAGCGCCAGGAUCGGGUCUCUAGAUCCGAGGAACUUUCUUUGA